AGUCUUUUUUUCACGCUGGGCCCGGGUCCUGCCCGGGCGGGUAAAAGCAGGAGAGGAAGGAGGAGGAAGAGGAAGAGGAGGAGGAGGGGGUUUGUGCGUAAAGAAAAGACCUUACGUCACGUGACUGCCUCUUACUCUCGGACCAUCAUUUGAGGAAUAACAUAUUUGUGAUUGUCCGUAUGUCUCUCUCAUGCUGAUGAAUCCAGAGGAUGCUCUUUAAACGAUCGGAAGGAUUCUAGCGACGUUCUCGGACUAACCAGGAGGUAAGGUUUGAGCUUUGGCAUUUUCACUAUCUACAGAAAGGCGGGAGAUGAAUGAAUGCAUAGAGAUUAAAUCUGGAUGUCUCUAUCUUGGGUGGGUUUAUCAGUGUGGGGAGAGUUUGGGCCUGACCCGCUCGCCGUCAGUCCGGAUGAAGAAGAAGAUGAGGCAGGGAUGCACCGUGUCGCACAGGCUGAAGGACGCUUCUCCAUCGCCUGUGAUCACGAUGCACAGUGUCCUACUGCAGCAUUACUGCCAUCCACCGGGAAAAAUAAACAAUUAAAGACAUUAUCGAGGUCAAAAUGAAUUAAAUCAACUAGAAUUAUGAUGCUUUUCUCUGCAGAGAUUGCUGAAUUUUUUAGCAGAAAGAUGUCCUUCAGAGCAGUACCCUACAUCCACCAUCAUAUGCGUUAAAAUAUGGCUCCAAACAAUCAAAAUAUGUGGGAACCGGCUGAUUUUAGUUUAAGGAUUAGAGCAGACUGCCAUACAAUUAAAAUAUAGUCAAACAUUUUGCCCAUGUAGGCCUGUAAUACGCCUUUUUCGCAUCCGGAGGUUAUGAGUACAUGCUAGGAAUGGCGACAAGGCCACCAUGUCCACCCAUGGCACAUAUUUCAGCUCUAAUGUGUGGGCAUAGAGCAUGUUUCAUUUCAUGUUUGAAGCACCAACAAUCACGGGCGCACUGAAAGAGUAGGGCUACAUCCUCCUGUCAAACCAUCAGGGAAUUAAAGUAUUUUAUUUCAGUCCAGUCUGUGCAUGCAUCCACAGGGAGGCCUAUGAAGGAUGAUGGCCUGACGACUACAGGGAGAGCAGGGAUGGGAGGGAUGUAACACUUGAUCAAAACAGCUCAUUUUUUCUAUGCAGUUUGGUGCUGAAGGAAGCUGAGAUUGAAGUCUGAGUUCCUCUUUGCAAGUAGAGGAAAACACUGAGUGGUCAUCAUGGCAGGUAAGCAUUUCCCAUAGUGCACUCUUCGAGCCGGCUUUGAAUGCAACAUCGACCCAUAUACAAAAGCCACAUUGUAAUCCUGCAUGCAGCUGUCUUGACUUGAUUUCUGUCUGAAUUUGGAUGUGUGGGCAGCUGCAUAAAAUGUGUCUUUGUGUUCUAGAAAACAACUUCCCUCCCCUUCCUCGAUUCAUCCCCCUCAAGCCAUGUUUUUACCAAGACUUCAACGAGAUCCCCGACCAGCGCCGUACCAUGUGCAAAAGGCUCUACUACUUAUGGAUCUGUAAGUGCAAAAGUUCAUGUGUUGACUCUAUAUGUGUUAGACGUUUUAAUGCAUCUCAGGUCGUCAGUUUCCAUCAUGCUCUAAGUAGGUAACCUGUGCACCACUUCUGUUUCGUUCCCUGCAUUGUCGCCUUGUUUAACUCAAAACAUUAGGAAACGUCAUAACACUCCAGUGUAGCUGUGAAACCAGAUCAACAGGUUUCACUGUCAGACACAGAGGAAGUUCAAUAUUUCUGUAGUUUUGGUGGAAAUGUUGAUGCAAAAAUCUGUGUAAAAGUUGGAAGUUUAGAGACCAAAUCUUCACAGAUCUGAUAUGUGGGUUAUUCUGCCAUUAAACUGCUGUUUUCAGUGACAACAAUAUUCAAUCAAUCAAUCAAUCAGUCUUUAUUUAUAUAGCAUUUUUCAUACACAAACACAACAUACAAGGAAUAAAAGAAACAAAGAAUACUCAAAUCUACCCCAGCCCAACCCCUUAUUCCCACCCCACGAUCUAAAUGCAUCAGAAGCAGUAUUAAAAUGCAUAAACUUAAAAAGGGCUUGAUAAGGAAACACUGGAGGAAAGUAGCAUAGAAUGAAAUUUAAGAAAUAGUAAAUAAAGUGAAAUAAACAACGGUACAAGAUACUAAAAUAAGAGCACCAAAAUAGCUCAAUUAAAAGACGAUCCAGUCAUUAAAACAUCGAAAGAGAUCAAUGCUAAAACACUUAAAGUUAAUGAUAUAAAAUUUAGUUAAAAGCAAGACUAAAAAGGUAUGUUUUGAUAUUAAUGAUUAUAAUUAUGAUCGUUGUUGUAAUGUGUUACAUUUUCUUUUUAAUAAGCUUUGUUUCUGCACAUUUAGGUUCUACUGUUUGAAAUCAAGAAUGUAAGUCUGGUGAAAAAGUAGUGUAGUCGUUACAAACUGUGAAGUAGAAAUUGUUUGUCAUGAGCGCUUCAGAAACUGUAGCUCCAGUCUCCAAAAAUUACUGUAGCUGUAAUAUAGAACUGUUGUGUUGGGUAGCUGUCGAGAUUCGUGGUGAUUCAGUCCUGUUGAGCGAUGAGUAAUGCAGCCUGUGGGACAUUUGCCAAACAGGUUUUUUUGUCUUCACUCUUUCAUGUCUUCAUCAUCCUUUCUUCCUGUCUUGGAUGCUGACAGUGAAUAGUGCCACGCUGGCUGUUAAUCUGAUUGGGUGCCUGGCAUGGAUGUGUGGAGGUGGCGGAGCGACCAACUUUGGCAUGGCCUUUCUCUGGCUCAUCCUCUUCACCCCCUGCUCCUACGUGUGUUGGUUCAGGCCCAUCUACAAGGCCUUCAAGUGAGCUGCAGCCUAUCUGGACAUCACUUAACAUCAGUCCCUCCUGCUCUGCUGAAUGCAAACCUUUCUAACGCUGAUUGCGCUCUGUUUGCAGGACUGACAGCUCCUUUAACUUCAUGGCUUUCUUCUUCGUCUUCAUGGCCCAGGUGGUGAUCAGUAUUAUCCAGACUGUUGGUAUUCCAGGCUGGGGAGUGUGGUAAGAUGUUUGAUUUCGAAGAUUAAAAACAUUCCUAUGAAAUAAAUAAUUAGGAUUUUUGAUGAUGUUGGUGUUGAUAUCCAGCGACUUUAAAGGUCCUGAAAUACUUUUCUUUUUUUAAUAAUGUAACGGCCCUUUAUUUUUCUAUGCGAGCAUGUGUAACUGUUGGAAAAAAUAGUUUGAAGUCCUUAAAUGGUGUCCUUUAUUAGUAUUGGACAGGGAUUUUCAAGGUCUGGCACUAUGGACCCAGCUUUUACAAGUUUUAAUCCUGAGUUACCUGAAUGAUUGCAAAACUGGUUACAAGGCAUUAUCUUUGUAGAAACAGGUAUUCGCACCCAUUACUGUCAAUGUGCAUAUGGACAUUUGGGGAGUACUACCUUUAUCCAUCUCAAAGUAAAAAUAAAAGAUGUUGUGCUAUUUAUCCAAAACAUUACCCAAACUGCAACAUUUAUAUCUGUUUGUUUAGAUUUGACUAAUUUAAGAAUACAAAUAACUAAAAUUGGGCUGAAUUUGUAGUCCCUCCCCACACACACCAUUUCAUAAAAUCAACACAUACUGUGUAUCCAGGUGAUGUGAAGAUGUCUGAGUAACAAAGAACUGUCAUUAGUGUCAAAAGUUUCAAACUUUGUUGUUGUCUCCAUCAGUGGCUGGCUGGCUACCAUCACAUUCUUCAGCACCAACAUCGGGUCAGCUGUGGUCAUGCUGAUUCCCACUGUCAUGUUUACUGCCGUGGCCGUGCUCUCAUUCAUCGCACUAACAAAGGUAACAAAACUUUUCAACUUAUUACAGUAAAAAACACAUCUAUGUAUUUUUUUCCAUACUGGUUGUUGUGCAUUUUCAGGAUGCACACUGGGAGCAAAGUGGGUUAAGUGUCUUGCCCAAGGACACAACGGACAGACUAGGGAUGGGAGGGAUUUGAACUGCCAACCUUCUGGUUAUUGGACAUUCACUCUACCUCCUGAGCUACUGCUGCCCUAAGCUGCUCAGUUUCAAACCUUUAAAGUGGUUGUGUCUCAUUAGUGUUAGCUAAGUUGACAUUCAAGGUCCCGGCUGUGGGACUGACCAACUUCAUUUUUCAACUAAAAUUGAAAAAUGAAGUUGGAGUUAAAUCUGUGAUAUUAAAUAAUUUUUAUGACACUGACCAUGUUUGAAAAGAAAUUAUUGGACAUAUAUUUUGAUUUGAUUGUUUGACCCAUACCCCAUCUGUUAACAUGAGGGAGGCGGGGCUUAUGAGCCAUACAGCAGAUAGUCAGUAGAGUGCUCUAAAUGUUUUGGCUCAUCCAGACAACAUUAGCAGGAUUUCUGUCACAUGGCACACUGCAUGAGAGUAAAUGUGUGUACCAAAUACGUUAAAUGCACUGUUAUCAAAUCAAACUGACAAAAUCCUAAGUACGUCACACAAUUCACAAUGCAGACUUGCUCCAAAACUUUGUUGUACUGGCAUUAAAAUGUUACUGCAAGUAUUGCCACACACUGCCCCAAGUACAAGAAUUAAGUACUUUUGGACUUUGCAGGUGCAUAACUUCUACCGUGGCAGUGGUGGCAGCCUGGGUAAGGCUCAGGAAGAGUGGGCCUCUGGAGCCUGGAAGAACCCCCAUGUCCAGCAGGCUGCUCAGCAGGCAGCCAUGGGAGCAGCGCAAGGAGCCGUGCAGCAGAACCAGUACUCAGCAGCUCCCACCUACAACUACGACGACCCGAUGUAGGGCAGAGGAGGAGGCCAGGCCGCAUGCGGGAGAGAUAAAAAGGGAUCAAUUAAGAACACAACUCAGAAUUAGGUUCCCUUCAUUAUAAUACUGUACAAUUCAAACAGAACAAUGUCCUGAUUUUUGGUGGAAGUGUGCGCUUUUAUUUGAAUCAUGGGGGUCAAUAAUUCAAGUCAGUUCACAUUUGAAUCAGCAGCCGGUAAUUUUAACGCUGUUGUUACUUUUUUAAAUCUCUUAUGCUGCUCUGUUUUAGCUGAUCAGUGUGUGUGUUGCUUCAAAACGGAGAUACAGAAUAUUUCAUACAAGACCAGAAGCCUGAGCCUCUUGAGUUUAUUCAGGUCGGUUUUUCUGAGGUUAAAACGGAGUGACUUCUCUGCCUCCACUGUCUUUGAAACAUCUUGAAAUGGCACACUUUAUUCAGUGGGUUGUUGAAAAAUUCAGCUGUUCCAGACGUCUUUCAGGUCACCAGAUGCUAAAUUAUUGCUGUUUGAGAGUUAGUGGGCCAAAUAUGUAGAAAAGUUUAAGAAAAUGAAUGUAUGGUUUCUUAAAUCACCAAAUGAAAAAAAUGUGAGCAACAACCUAAAUGACCAAAUCUGACGGCUCAUAUAAAUGAAAAUAAAAAACAAAGAUUUAUGAGGUAAUGGAAUAAAUCUUUGAAUCAAUUUUUGGCUGGAUUAUCACUUUAAACAUCUGUAUUGACCCUUAUGUCCACAAUCAGUGCAUCUCUGUUUAGAUUAUUUUGACAUACCAGAAAUAUGAUUUUCAGAGUGAUAUGAAGACUAAUAAGGAUUGACCAAAAGUUUUCAGCUUCUGCGAGACUUCAUACAUUAAAGUUCAUAUUCUGGUAACCAGAUAUUUUUAUUUCCACGCAAGACAAGUCGCUCUGUGUCAGAAAAACCUGUCCGUUUUAGUCAUCGUUUUUUGAUGGUGUGUAAUCCUACCCUUCAAGCCUGGGCGGUGACAACAUGUUUGGCUCUUGUCUCCUUUUCAUCACUUUUAUUUAACCAUUCAGGGGUUUUGUUAUCACACUGAUCAUGUGUUGAGCAAGUUAAUUUCAGUGAAAGAAAGAACUAAAACAUGUUAAAAAUGAAGCACAUAGAGUAUUUAGGUUUGCAGAUCUUUGGAUAAAACAUUCCAAAUCAAUGUUGUACAUGUUAAAGUGAAAGAAAACCAAAACAGAUGCAGGUUUAACGUACAGUAAAUAUUAAAAAUCAUUGUUGUAGGUGGUCAUAGCAUCGUAUGAAGUGAUGGAUGUCCCUCCCCUCUUUGGCGAAUUCUCCCAUGUACCCCUACAUGUAAAUGCUUAAAUGACUACUUGUUUCUGAGGCUUCAGGCCUUAGUGUGUCAUUUUGUGGCUGUUGGUGUUAUUCUAUGAGUAGCUGUGACAUGAUAUUUAUAUAAAAGAAAAUAGGAUCUCAAAUUAAGCCCAUAACUUCUUUUUUUAUCGUGAAAUUGAAAGGGAGAGUUUUUCUGUGUGAGGCUGGAGAUGGUGUUAUAUUGAUUUGUCUGAAAAUGUCUUCAACAUUCAGUAGGUGGUGAUUACAGUCCAACAGUAUUAGCCUUGAAACAAAUGUGAAGAUUUGUAUGUGGAUGCUCGUUAUUCCCAAACCUGUGAGUCGUCUUGUUUGAUUGUGAUGAUGUGGUAUUUGAUAUAGGCCGUUUGUUGUUUUCACUUUUUUAGUUGUUCUUUUUUUAUGUAUCGCUCUUGUUUUUUUGUGUGUACUAUGAAUGAUGCGUGAGUGAGACUGUCAUUGUGUCUUUCUAUGGCUGUGGGAAACCAAUUUUGAUUUUCCUUUUUUUUAAUUAUUACAAUUUAUGAAAGUUUAAAGUCACGUUUGCACUUGGUUACCUGUUGACAUCAAUGCAAACUGAAUUCACGGUAAAUCACAGUGCAGCAAUAUUAAGAUGAAUAUAUUACGCAGUAGAUUUGUCGAGAGAAAGUGGGUCCUCGUGAAUCACAGAGACCUACAACUUAAGGUUUUUUUCACCACUAGUAUAAUCAGACAUUUUCACCAGCAGAUACACAUACAGUAACCCUGAGUGUAACCCUGUAAGCUAUACCGUCCACAUGAUCAUCUGUUGGUAAACGCACAAAAGUCAGCUCAUCAUCAUAAAUUAAGUGUAAUGGAGGCACAAAGAUGAACCAACAAGCUAAUUUCUCCUGUGUGUAGUGCGCUCUCAUGGUAAACUUCGGAUCAGCGGAUAAUGAUGUACAUACAGCACAGUUAAUGUGAUUAUUGAAGUUACGGCUGUAUAGUUAUCAUGUAGCAGGAACUCACUGCAUUUUACGUUGCUGUAUCAAAGCUUCUAAAAGCCAUUUUCCAUUAUUGCACCCAUUGUUCCCACAUGUACUGUAUAUUGUUUGAUAUGUAUGAUCAUGUACUAUAUCAUAACUAGAUAUAAAUAUAUAAUUACUUGAGGUGAAAUAAAUAUUAGCCAUGGAUAAACACAUCCAAAACAUGCUGUAAUGACGUGAAUGAAAGGAGGCUGUGUCUCCAAGAGUGAAAUCGACGAUGAGGAAUACAUUUUUGUGUAUUACUUUUGUAUUAUUUGGUCUUACCCUUAUAGAUAUUAAACAGUUCUUGUUGAAA